AUGAAAGUUAUAAUCAUUCUUUGCUCGCUGGCGGUGGCGGUAUUGGCCACGCACGACCUCAACAUCCCGGUGCCGGUUCCGGUGCCGGUCCUCAAGAAGGUCCCGUUCGGUAUCCCGAAGAUCCAGCACACCAAGGGCGAAAUUAUCAAGCACGUUCCGGAGCCGAUCAUCAAGCGGGUGCCGGUCGAGAAGCACGUUGAGGUGGAGAAGGAGGUCGAGGUGGUGAAGCAUGUCCCGGUCACGAGGGAGGUGGUCGUCGAGCGCCCGGUCGAGGUGAUCCGGGAGGUGCCGGUCGAGAAGGUGGUCAUCGAUAAGGUCGAGGUGCCGUACGAGGUGAUCAAGCACGUGGAGAAGAUCAAGCACGUCCCGGUCGAGAAGCACAUCGAGGUGAUCAAGGAGGUGGAGGAGGUGCGCGAGAUACCGUACAAGCGGUACGUCUUCAACAAGAAGCCCUACCCCGUCCCGUACAGCGUUCCGGAGGAAGUGCAGGUACCGUACACGAUGCCGGCGGUGCCGGAGCCUGUCGUCAUCCCGGAGCCCGUACCGGAACCCGCUGUGACGUCGCUGAAGGAUAAGUUCCAUCAUCUCGCCAACGACUACAUGCCCGAUCCGGUGGGUUUGUUUAAGAAACUUGUCAACUAG